AUGUCAGCCAUUACUAGAGAAUCAGAUAAUAAUAAUUUAUAUAAUAUUUUAACUAACGAACAAACAGGCUCAGAAUCUGAUAGUUUUAUGGAUGAUUUAACAGAUCAAAUUAUUGUACCUGAAUCAAUAAUAAAUCGAGAAUUAUUAGAUAAAGAAAUAGAAUCAAUUGAAGAAGAUGAAGAAGAUGAACAACAACAACAAAAACAAAUUAAUAAAAGAGGUGCACCAGUUCAAACUAAUCAAUUAAAUAUAUGGUCAAUUAUAAAGAAAAGUGCAAUUAAUUUAAUACUUCCAUUCAUUAAUGGUAUGAUGUUGGGAUUUGGUGAAAUUCUAGCUCAUGAAUUAUGUUUUCAUUAUAACUGGAGAGGUGCAAGAGUGGAACCUGUUAAAAGAUUAGAACAAAGAAAAAUAAAACAAGAAUCAAGUAAGUACUUGUAAAUUAGAAGGUUUAAAAUUAGAUCUGAUUUGAUAUUAGGUAUAACGUAUUUAGCUUUUAGGCAAAUUUUAAAUGUAUAAAGUGGUUAUAGUCAACUAGUGUUUAAACUCUUUGUCUUUCUGUCAAUAAUCUUAAAGAGUGCUAAGUUUUAGUUACAUAUAAAUAUGCGAGGUGUUUCAUCUUCGCUAAUUUUUUUUUUUUUUAGAACUCCGAAAAAUAGGGACGGCAAAACAUGUCAAGAAUUGAAUCAGAUGCAUUUGGUGAGAUCCAAGUUCCAAAUGAUAAGUAUUGGGGAGCUCAAACUCAAAGAUCAUUAACUAAUUUUGAAAUUGGUGAUAUUAAAAUGCCAAUUCCAAUUAUUAAAUCAUUUGGUAUUUUAAAAAAGUCAGCCGCAAUAGUCAAUGAACAAUUAGGAUUAUUGGAUCAUACAUUAUCUGAAGCUAUUCAACAAGCUGCUAAUGAGGUUGUCGAAGGUAAAUUUAAUGAGAAUUUCCCAUUAGUUAUUUAUCAAACUGGAUCAGGUACUCAAUCUAACAUGAAUGCAAAUGAAGUUAUAUCAAAUAGGGCAAUUGAAAUUCUUGGCGGUGUUAAAGGUUCUAAAAAACCAAUUCAUCCAAAUGAUCAUGUAAAUAUGAGUCAGUCAUCAAAUGAUACAUUUCCCACAGUUAUGCAUAUUGCUGCUGUUCUUGAAAUUAAUGAAAAAUUGUUACCUAAUUUAACAAAAUUAAGAGAUUCCUUACAAGAUAAAGUACAUGAGUUUAAAGAUAUUAUCAAGAUUGGUAGAACUCAUUUACAAGAUGCAACCCCAUUAACUCUUGGUCAAGAAUUUUCAGGAUAUGUCCAACAACUAACUAAUGGAAUAGAAAGAGUUAAAUCAACAUUACCUAAUUUGUUAUAUUUAGCGCAAGGUGGAACAGCAGUAGGUACUGGAUUAAACACUAAAAAGGGAUUUGAUGUUAAAAUUGCAACUCAAGUUUCAAAAUUGACAGGAUAUGAAUUUAAAACAGCACCAAAUAAAUUUGAAGCAUUAGCUACUCAUGAUGCAUUUGUCGAAGCAUCAGGUGUUCUAAAUACAUUAGCUGCAUCAUUGAAUAAAAUUGCAAAUGAUAUAAGAUAUUUAGGUUCUGGUCCAAGAUGUGGAUAUGGUGAAUUAGAAUUACCUUCAAAUGAGCCAGGUUCUUCUAUAAUGCCUGGAAAAGUUAAUCCAACUCAAUGUGAAGCAAUGACUAUGGUUUGUGCUCAAGUAUUUGGUAAUAAUUCAACUAUUACAUUUGCUGGUGCUUCUGGUCAAUUUGAAUUGAAUGUUUAUAAACCUGUUAUUGCUUAUAAUUUAUUAAAUUCAAUUAGAUUAUUAAGUGAUGCUAUGGAUUCAUUUAGGAAAAACUGUGUUAUUGGAAUUAAAGCAAAUAAAGAAAAGAUUAAUAAAUUAUUAUAUGAAAGUUUAAUGUUAGUUACUGCUUUAAAUCCAAAAAUAGGUUAUGAUAAUGCAAGUAAAGUUGCUAAAAAUGCGCAUGCUAAAAAUUUAACAUUGAAAGAAUCUUGUUUAGAAUUGGGUAUGUUAACACUGGAAGAAUUUGACGAAUGGGUUAAACCUGAAAAGAUGAUUGGUCCAUCAUAAGUAAAAGUUAGAAAUAGAAUAUGACAAUAUAUAACUUAUGGUUUGAGAUCUACUGCUGCUUUAGCAUGGACAUAUCCUUAUUAAAUAGUAUGUACGUCUUUGUAAUGAAUUUCUUUUAGUUUAAAACGUUCUACGCAACUGAGAGCAGUUCCUAUCAAUGUAUCUUGAGCUUAUAAAGUACAUAAAGUAAUAAAAAAUUAAGUGUUCUUGAUCGAGCUCUAGGAACUAUUUAGAACUGGCAAUAUUCACCCUAAUAUAAAGCGCAAAAAAGAUCUACAAUUGCGCGACCUAUUCUGAACGAUAUACCGAGAGCGCGAAAAGUAAAAAAAAAACACAAAACCGAAAUAAAAUACCUCCAAUUCAUAAGAACCUCCAUUUAACACCACGAACUGAAUAAUAAUUUAAAGUAUGUCCAAUUAGGUACCGUUCGAAAGGUAAAAAUUCGAGCAAUUCAAGUAUGAUAGUUUCAGAAAUACUGCUUUGAAUUUUCUUAAGUAAGUGAAGUUUUUAAGGAUUUUUGACCAAUAAAAACGUUAUAAUAGAUUAAUUAUCACUUAAAAAAACAAAGCAAUUAAGUAAUUGAAAGCUUCACUAUCGUAGAACUAAGUUCAUACCAACCAAUAGAAAGUUUGAGUUUGAUCAAAUUUUAAAAGUUAAAAAUAGAACAUAUGUAUCUUCUAUCAACAAACUAAAAAGCGAUUAUUCAUUUAUUCUAUCUUCUAUUUUGUCUCAGUUUUGCGAUUGGAAUUACAAAUUCGAAGGUGAAACGAGUGUUAAAGCGCAUUGGUCUUGACUUUGUCCAACGUAUGGUAGCAACUUCUGCAGAAUAAAAAUAUUAUUAAGUGUAUUUUUACAACCAAAAAUUAAGUUUUAACCUUUGGUUGCCAAAAUGUAUAAAGUUACCAAAAAGAACAAUAGUAAGUUUUACUAGUUGGAUAAUAAGACAGUAAUAUCUGGUAAGAUAUUAAUCAAUAGAUUAUAAACCAUUAGUUAAAGCUAAAAAAUUAUCAUCAAAAGAAAUUACAUUAGACGAAGAAAUUAAAAUUUGGAAGAUUCAGAAAGAUACUUUAAUUAAAGCUACAAACUAUCUUAAACAAAAAAAUCAGAUUUCUCAAUUAAUCGAUCAAUGGAAAUCGAUUGCUCAGAUGGCUUCAACAUAUGUUUUCAAUGAGUAUAAAUUAAAAUUUGAUAGAAUGGGUGGUUUUAACCAGUGGCAAACACAACAAUAUGAAAUUAAAAUGCAAACCAUAAUUGAUGAAAAAAAAAUUGCAUUUGAAACUUACAUGGAAAGUGAAGAGUUCAAACAAUUGAGUAAAAUUGAAAAGAAACAGAUUGAAUUAGAUUAUGAAAAAUUAGAUGAAGAUGAAGAAGAAAUUGAAGGUAAAAGACCAAAUUUUAAUGAUGAAUUUACAAUGAAAGAAUUGUACAAAAUUUUGAAUAAAGAUUAUCAUUUAGUAUUUGAAUAA